AGGCAUAGAAAGAAAGGCAACAAAUCCAAGGAGGAAAGUAAAAAUAGGCCGACCACUCAUGAUACUCCAAGAUUCAAAUCCCGCAUUUCGCCAAGACUUGCUGCGCUCCUUUUAUUUUAUAGCCGUUUCCUUUUUCUUUCACCACCAACAAAAAAAGUCAAAUAACAGGAAGUAGAGCAACGAUUUAACGUCAAUAACUAUCCAACAUGGACAACACACUUGAUAUGGAUACCGAUAUUUACACUUGUCGGUGGAAAGGCUGCACCAAGAGCUAUCUUGAUCCCGAGCAACUUUACAGUCAUUUAACAAAUGAUCACAUUGGUCGCAAGUCAACUGGCAAUCUUUGUCUCACUUGUUACUGGGAUAACUGCGAUGUAACGGUGCAGAAAAGAGAUCACAUCACUAGUCAUCUUCGAGUCCAUGUUCCUUUGAAGCCGCACCAUUGCAAUUUUUGUAGCAAGUCAUUCAAACGUCCUCAAGACUUGAAAAAGCACGAAAAGAUACAUAUCAGCGGCGAAGAUAACCUUACCAUAUCUCGUUCUCAGUCCCGACAACCACACGUCCACCAUCCGCUCACUCCACCAAGACAGGCUAACAGUGAUAUCUCCUUGUCACCGUAUUCCUCCACUGGUUACUCUUCCCCGCAAAGAAUUCCAAUUUCUCCUCCCCAAAGCACCUAUUCUGAAGAUUCAUGGCUUCAACUCAACGCAUCUCCUUACGCUGAUUCAUACGACAAUUUCGGUGCCCGGCAAUUGACACCCGAUCUGCAGCAUGAUAGAGCUCCCUCUUUCUCUAUACAAUCUGCCAACUCAAUGAUGGAACAGCAACCUCAAAUCGAUCAAUACGGUACACCAGAGCAACUGAUCUCCAAUCUGUUAUUCCCUGCAGAAGACCACGUUAAACCCGAAUAUAAUGCGGAUGUAGCGAACCGUCUCGAUGCUUUACAAACCAUGGUUGAUGCAGGUGCUAUUAGCCCGUACGACUUGCAUCUCAAUAUCAACGAUGAUCAACAACUCGCGGAUAUCAACGCUUGGAUAGCUCAGUUAUCCGACAGCAUGCGGACGCAAUAUGCAGGACCUAUGGAAACGGACGUACUACCGAUUCAGGAAAAUAAUUACACCUAUUCCCAGUCUUGUCAACCAGUUUCGCAACCGGCUGCUCCUCUCGAUUCCACCUGUGGCUAUCCUUCGCAGAUGGCCUAUGCAGAUGUCAUGCUUCAGUCGUACCAAACUUCCAAUUUGGACCCGAGCACGCUUUAUCCUUCAACUACAGAGCAAGAUAUGUAUGUCCGAUCCCAUCCCAUGACGAAUAACCAAGAUAUGUCUGUUUCCAAGAUGUACGGUGAUUACGAUAUGAUGGCUCAAAUGGGAUCUUUGAAUAUGCCGAAUUUCGGUUACCCGAUGCCUGAUAUGCCCCUACCAGCACCACCAACGGUUGCGAGUAACGGUCCUUUGACUGGCGUUCGACAACAUUAUCAAGUAACGCCGGGCAUUCAACCCACUUACUUUGUGCCUGAAAUCCGUUGCGCUAUGAACUACACCAGCGGUAAAGGCGGCGAUGUCAAGUAUGCACCAUCUUCCAAGACAAAACGGGCCACUAAUCCAUCCGACGGUCAAACCGAAAAGGUGGACAUUGAUGAGUCCCCCAAGCCUACGAAGGAAGAUUCGGUAUCAUAUGAUGAUAAGAAGAAUAUGGCUACCUUGGUCAACGUUUUUGCAAGCUUUGGUGAGCCGACGAAAUCAGCAACACCCAAAGAGGAAACUCCUUCCGCUGGUUCCGAUGAUGCAGAGAAGCCUGCUGAGAAAGAUGCAAACGGAAAUGCAAAGGCAUCAGCUGUCUCCAAGGAUGUCCUGGAGCUGUUAACCAGCGAUCUUUCCGAGUUAGCGAUUGAUUCCCAGGAAAAGAAAGAAACAAAGAGUGAAGCAUCAGAUGACGCGGCAAGUUCGCUGUAUCCUUCUUCAACAAACGAGGAAAAGCGACAAGGAAAGAAAGAUUUGCCACUCACUGAACGGCAUCGGUUAUUGCUGCAACAAAUCAGUCGCUGGGUGAAUGACAGUUAUGCCAGACAAAAGCCUUCUUCUUACACAUCCCAAUCUGCAUCUGUUGAAGUACAAUAAGUCCUCCUCUGUUUCUUUUAUCUUUUGUUUGGCCUUUCCUUCUUCUUUUUUUUUCAUCCAACUUUAUCUUUCGGCUUUUUUUGUAAAUUUGACCUGACUAUCCUUUUGUUCUUUUGUCCGCUUGUCUAGGCACACACAUAGUAAAAUCUCAUCUUCGCAUUCAAUUUUUUUUUUCGUAAACUUGCCCCUUUGUGUACGCCAUUCCUGCAAGUAAUGUGUAGAUGGCCUAAUUCUGCAAUAUCUCGACUGAAGUGAUAUGUGAAGAUAAAAUCCGAAGGGUGCUUAGCUUUUAUAACUGUGACAUACCGUCGUUCCCAGUUACAGACACAUUGAAUUAAGACCAACUGCCUAUAAAAGUUCUUUUACAUUUUUUUUAAAUUAAACAACUAUCUCAUCACUCUGG